AUGGGGGCGCAGGGCUGGCGGGGGGGGCGGCGGGCGGCGGCGACGGCGGGGCUGGUGCUGCUCUACUACGCCUUCUCCAUCGGCAUCACCUUCUACAACAAGUGGAUCAUGAAGAGCUUCGGCUUCCCGCUCUUCAUGACGCUGCUGCACCUGCUCGUCAUCUUCGCCCUCAGCGGCGCCGCCAGAGCCCUCCGCGCCCCCCCCGCCCCCCGGGCGCCCCUCCUGCCCUGGCCCGGCUACCUCCGCAGGGUGGCCCCCGCAGCCCUCUCCACAGCCCUGGACGUGGGCCUCAGCAACUGGAGCUUCCUCUACAUCACCGUCUCCCUCUACACCAUGACCAAGUCCUCAGCUGUUCUCUUCAUCUUGUUCUUUUCGCUGGUCUUCAAGCUGGAGGAGCCAAGGGCAGCGCUGGUGCUGGUGGUGCUGCUGGUGGCUGGGGGGCUCUUCCUCUUCACCUACCGGGCAACGCAGUUCGAGGCAGAGGGCUUCCUGCUGGUGCUGGGCGCCUCCUUCCUGGGCGGCAUCCGCUGGACCCUCACCCAGAUGCUCCUGCAGAAGGACGAGUUGGGGCUCCAGAAUCCCAUAGACACCAUGUUCCACCUCCAGCCUCUCAUGUUCCUCGGCCUCUUCCCGCUCUUUGCUGCCUUUGAAGGCCUGCCCUUGUCCUCGUCAGAGAAGCUGUUCCGUUUCCAUGAGGUGGGGGUGCUCCUGGGCCUCCUAGCGAAGCUGGCCCUGGGGGGCGUCCUGGCCUUUGGGCUGGGCUUCUCAGAGUUUCUCUUGGUGUCAAGAACGUCCAGCCUCGCCCUGUCCAUCUCUGGGAUUUUCAAGGAAGUCUGUACUCUGCUGCUGGCCACUCAGCUCCUGGGGGACCGCUUGAGCCUCUUGAACUGGUUUGGCUUUGUGGUCUGCCUGCUGGGGAUCUCCCUCCACGUGGCCCUGAAGGCCCUGUGGGGGGGCAGAGGACCCAGAGGGACGAAGCCACACAAGGAGCCUGGCUCCGGAUCCGACCUGGAGCUGCUCCUGCUGCCCCCCCAGGAGGAGAGGGAGGCGGAGAGGCCCCCCCAGCGCUGAACUGCUGUGGAGUCCUGGCAGCACCAGGGUGGGGGAGCCUGGGGCAGGCGGCUUCUCUUCCAGGCCGCUGGGCCCAGGGGUCUCGCUGUGUGCUGGGGGCUCUUGGGGGAGGAGGGCUGUGCAAUGGCCAGGCCAGCGGUGGGGCGGGCUGAACGGGCUGCUGUGGUAGGGUGCAGUCAUGUCAGACUGGCAGUGGGCUACAGCAGACGUGGAGGAUGCCAGGGUCUGCCAGUCUGCGUUGUGUUUGUGUGAGGGGCUCGUGCUGUGGUGCUCCUUGAAGGGCCAGCGCCUUGGGAGCUAGCAGCCUUCCGGAGAAGGUGGAGGGGCAGGCCCCCCAGACGAGCUACGCGUGGCAGAGUGGAGGCCGCUUCCGAGGGGCAGGGCUGGGUCUCUGGGGCGCAGGCCUCGGUGCUGGGCCGCAUCACGUCUGCUCCCCCCGGGGAAGAGGGAUCUCGCUGGUGACCUCAUGCAGUGGACUCUCAGGGAUCCAUCCCUGGGAUCAGUGAAGCACCAGAGUCCCGCGAAACAGAGCGGUGCUGCGAUUAUGACGAUGGCGGUUAGGAUGAUGAAUGGGAAGGGUGAAUCAUGCGCUGUGUGAAGAAAGUAUUUUGUAAGUUGUCUCUUCCUCAUCUCCCCCCCCCCUUGGGGGACGGACUGGCCUCUCAAAUGGGCCGGGCCCAAAUGUCCCACUUGUGUUGUGUUUUCCACUGUCCCUGUCACGGGGCAUGUUUCAGCACACGGGUCAGGCCCUUCCAGAGGGAGUUUCGCUUUGGCCUGCGUCUCCUGCUGCUGAAAGAUCUCCUGAAAGCUCUGCCCCCCUGCUGGCUGUGUCGAGGGGGCUGCUGUCUGUUGCGCUCCCCGCCUCCCUCGCCCCACCUCACAGCUGGGCCCUCUGGCUCUUGCUUCUCUGCGUUACACCUACUUUGUCCCCCUCCUGUCUUGUAGAUAUGAAACCCAGUCCGAGGCGUUCUUUUCCUGCGUUAGGCCUGCUUCCAUUCCCUACGUUAUACCUCUUCCAAUCAUGUUUUAGAUUGUAAGCUUCUUGGGGCAGGGGAUCGCCUACUCUCUGAAGCUUCCUUCCCAGAGAAAGCACAAAAUAAAUCAUGCAAAUGAA